AUAUAACUUAAUAUACAAGUUCCCUUCAUUGCUUCUGAAAAAGGAACCAUCGCCCAAGUUCAGUAUCUUCCAUUGAAUGUUUGGAUUCGGCCAUAUUGAAUCUGCUAAAGUUGAGGACCUAUCUCCGAUUAAUAUUGUUUUGUAGUUAAGGUUAUAUUUUUGACGAUGGCCUGUGUAACGUUGAAGCGUUCUUUGGAGUUUGAUCCCCUCCAUCAUGGAACAUGCACACCACGCCCUCACAAGCGACGGCGUUGUGUCCCAAUGUGUGUCUCCCCUCAAAGUGCAGCAGCUGCAACUGCCCGCCAUUCAGAACCACAGUCCCCCUUUUCAGAAGUCACACCAACUCUUACUCCAGAACAAAUUGCACAAAAUGUAAGAGAAGAAAUACAUCGUUUGAGGCGCCGUAAGAUGCUUCGAUCCAGUGAGAGGAGUAUGGAGUAUGAAGGUGGUUAUGAAUCUCCUGUUUCGCCACCUUCACCAGCGUGUCCUGCUUCUCCAUCCUUAUCACCUUCACCAUCUCCCGCUCCUUCUUCCUCAUCAGGUUUGGCAGCGCUACAUCACCACCACCAUCAUCAAUCCUCCUUGUCAAAGGAUAAACCAUUAUUCACAUUUAGACAGGUGAAUUUGAUCUGUGAGCAACUCUUACGUGAACGAGAGGUGAAGAUUCGGGAGGAAUAUGACAAGGUUUUGGCGUCUAAACUGGCAGAACAGUAUGAUUGCUUUGUCCGGUUUACGACAGAUCAGAUUCAACAAAAGCUUUCUCAAGCAGCUCUUCCUAGCUAUCUGUCGUAAACAUUAGUCUGCUUGGAGCUGAUGGGGAGUGUGGUGUGCCUUUAAUGGUACAAAAGGAGAGGUCUGAAGUGUUUGUAAAUAAAUUCUUGAUCCUGUGAAGGUACAGGUGUGGCUUUGAUUAAUAUUCAAGUAAAUAACCAGUGUCAUUGUGAGUGACAGCAACAUUGAAUAUAUUUGGUUUCCCUAAGAAGUGAAGUUUUUGUGUUAAACAAUAGUAACCAGUGAUGCUUUGCAGGUUGUUUGCAAUGUAUAUUUUGAAUUCAUAUCAUUUUGGACAUUGUUGAAAUGUUGACUUCCCAAAAAAUGUAAAUAAACCUGCACCUGUAUAGUUAAACAGUACCAUGAAGGUUGGAAAAUUGGGAUUUGCUUCUAGUAAAGACAGGCAUAGAAUCUGAAAUCACCAGUAAAACUGAAUAAGACUUGAGUUGUGUGGGAAACUUGCACAGCAACCAGAAGUGGCAGCUGCGUUGACUUAGCGCAAGGUAACUUGUGGUGCUCAUUCUCUGUGUGGCAUUCCUCAACUGUUGUUGUGUGUAUAUACCUAACCCAUAAGUUGCCUUUCACACUUUUCUCCUUGUGUAAAUGUAUGAUGCUUUAUAAUAGAAGGGAAUGAAAGAAUGAUGAUGAAAGAAGCAUUUUCAUAGUGAGAUUAUUACUUUUUUUUUUCUUCUUCAUUUGAGCAGUAAGUGCAAGAAGAAAGUUUUGUUGAACAUGUUCAGAAGUUUUAUCUAUUACAGGAAGACAGUCACCUUAUACACAGUCACUUUUGCCUUCACAUGGAAAAGUAUAGGCUAGAAUAGUGCUCUGUAUUGCCUCAUGGAAGCUUUAUUUUUGUUUCUCUUUUGUUCUCUCUUCAGUGAAUAGACCAUAUGUUAAAAAUACUGUGACUUGGCUGCUUUUCCUAUGUGUAUGGUUAUAAUCAGGAGGUAAGUCCUGAAAUAUAAUGUCUUCCUGUAUUAGUGCUCUAAUAUCAUUGUCCUUCUGUAUUGAGGGACAGUAUUAACCCACCAUAAUGAUAUAUAUACAUAUAUCUCACUAUACUACUUGAGAUCUGUUGUGUGACAAUUCUGGAUGUUGUCUGACAUGGGCCAUAUAAUAUAGGCAUAAUAUGUGAUUGGCUGAAAGGAUUUUAUGUCUGCAAUAGCAGGAAUGACCUGCACAUAAAGUGAGAAAGGCUGUAGAUUUUAUUAGUUACAGUCUAUCUCUUCAUGUGAUCAUCUGUUUGCUGUCAGGAGUUUAAGAAUAGAGUAGGUUAAGUUCUUCAUUUUCUUUUUAUAAACUGUAAUGAGAGACUUCAAAGUCUCAUUCCCAGCGUAAGAAGCACGUUUCAAGAGUAGAACUUGAAGUGCUGCCUAUUUAUUAUAUGUCAAGCAUUGUUGAAGCAGUAUAGCUGCAUUUACCUAUGUUGAUAUUUUAAGCUGAAAAAUUCUGGUGCUUGUUUACAAGCAGUUAUUUGUUAGUAUAUUUUUUUAUUUAUAAAUACUGUAUUGUGUAACGAGAGUGCUCAUUUCAGUAUAUAUCCUUGACGAUUUAUCAUUUCCUGUCAUCAUCACAACAUUUGUUGUUGAUCGUACAAUUAAGUCAUAUUACCUCAGUGCCACAAGUGAUAUUUCAGGUGUUUAGAUCAUGACUUUUGACUGAUGUAUAUACUAUAUUUUUUUAGUUCUGGUUCUAAAUAGUUAGUACAGUAUAUGCACAAUCUGGUUUCUUAACAGAAUUCCCUGUAUGGCUUUUUGUUUGUAUGUCAGGUGACUUGACAAUAAGCAAAAAUGCCUCUGUUGUCCUUUAUUUUUUAUUAGGAGUUGGAGAGUUCUUCAGGGUCUAAUGUUUAUCGGAGUGAUGUAUUCAUUCAAAUUUCACCUGGUGUGAGAACGUUCUGUCUUCUUACAGUGAUCUUUACAUCCUUCCUUUUCGUAAUUCAUGCAUGCCUGAUGUUUCAGGGGUAAAAAUUUGUUAUACGUGCAGUUUUGGUACUUUGACUUCAAAGUUUACCAUGACUGGCAAUACCAGAAUUCCAUUUAGGGACUGAGCUUGCCAUCAUAAACACCUAACCUAAUGGGUAUAUGUAUUGGCAAGUCAUUCUUUUAAUAUAAAAUGUAGCUAGUAGAUAAGGCAAGCAUUGACCAUAAUCCUUGUAAGGCAAACAAAAAAUUUAAUUGUAUGAUGACAACAAAAUAUUUGUGAUAUGAUCAAGUAAGCUUCAUUAAUUCUGUAAGAUUGUUUUUUAUUUCAAUGGAAAAAGAAUCUGGUUCAAAAUCAGAAAAUUCCUAUAUCUUAUUCUUACAUUUUAGCAAAAAGAAUUAAUUGUAAAAGUUUGCUUGACACAGUUGCAUGAGAUCCCUAUGAGUAAGGAACAGUGGCUUGCUAUUUAUUUCUUGUUCUCACUUUUUUACUGUAAUUGUACUAUGAAAUAUAUUUGUUAAUGGGAUAUAC